UCCAGCCACACAGCACGCUCGGUCUCCCCUCCCAGGGGCAUGCAGGGGAGGGGGAGACGGCUGGCUUGGCGUGGAUGUGAGAGGACAGGAGGAGGGGAAAGCUGCUGCUGGAGCUCGGCUCAUCUUCCCGCUCCCUGGUCAGAAGGAGGCAGCACUGCUCGUCUAGUUACACCCCUCCUCCAGGGAUAGCAGACUGUGGAAAUCCUGUUUGCAAAGCCGUUCCUGCAAUGGCGACCCUGAAGCAGUUCCCAUCCCAGUCUGUCCCCGGCGCUGCUGCCUGCUAGUGGCCACGGUCCCCACAACCAGUGGAUUAUUGAGAGGCGGCCGAGACCGAGCAGAGAAGACAGGGCUGCACCGUAGACGUACGCGGGGAUCCUGCGCUCAGAGUGGCACACGUAAGAGGCAGUGGAUUUACAAAGCAUGGGGGAGACGGAGCAGCAGACAGCAGCCUCUCGGUUAGGUGCUCCCGAGAGUGCUGGCAUCAGUACUUUAGAACAUGGAACCAAGCCACCUCUGUCACCACAUGGCAAGUCUUUUCCAUUCAAAGUCCAAAUGUUGGAUGACACGCAGGAAACUAUUGAAGCACCGCUAAGAGGCCCUGGAAAAGCACUUCUAGAUGCUGUCUGUAGCCACCUGAACCUAGUUGAAGGUGAUUACUUUGGACUGGAGUUUCAGGACCAUAGGAAAAUUAUGGUAUGGUUGGACCUGCUGAAACCGAUUAUUAAGCAAGUUAGAAGACCUAAAACUACGGUUUUGAAGUUUGUCGUAAAAUUUUUCCCACCUGAUCACACUCAACUUCAAGAAGAAUUGACAAGGUACCUCUUUGCUCUUCAAGUGAAACAGGAUUUAGCACAAGGCAAGCUAACAUGUAAUGAAAGCAGUGCUGCUCUCCUCAUCUCACACAUUGUUCAGUCUGAGGUUGGAGAUUUUGAUGAGGCUGUUGACCGGGAACAUUUAGCCAAAAACACUUAUAUGCCCCAACAAGACGCUCUGGAAGAAAAGAUCAUGGAGUAUCAUCGAAAUCACUUUGGACAGACACCAGCCGAAUCAGAUUUCCAACUUCUGGAGGUUGCCCGUCGCUUGGAGAUGUAUGGCAUCAGAUUGCACCCAGCCAAGGAUAGGGAAGGAACUAAAAUCAACCUUGCUGUUGCUAACACAGGAAUCCUAGUAUUUCAGGGUCACACGAAAAUAAACGCAUUUAACUGGGCAAAAGUACGAAAGCUGAGCUUCAAGAGAAAAAGGUUUCUUAUCAAGUUACGCCCAGAUGCAAAUAGUUCUUACCAGGAUACUUUGGAAUUCAUGAUGGCUAGCCGGGAUUUCUGCAAGUCAUUCUGGAAAAUAUGUGUCGAGUACCAUGCCUUUUUCAGGCUCUUUGAGGAACCAAAACCAAAACCAAAGCCAGUUCUUUUCAGUCGAGGUUCUUCUUUUAGAUUCAGUGGCCGAACACAAAAGCAAGUUUUGGAUUAUGUGAAGGAAGGAGGACACAAAAAAGUGCAGUUUGAAAGGAAGCACAGCAAGCUUUGUUCCAUAAGAAGUUUAUCUACCCCUUCAUCUGAACAGAUAGAGGUGCCAAAACAACAGAGCCCUAAGAUAACCCUUAUACAGAGCUCUCAACCAGAUGAGAUACAAACCUUAUCGCCACGCAAAGAAGAGAAGUUAGUGACUGAGGUGCUAAUACAACAUAAAAGUCCCUCUCCCAAUAAAGUACCUUUGGAGAAGAGAGCAAAAGAAGGAGCGCAUUUGACAAUUGAUGGGGAAGACGCUGCCAAAGACCAUAUACAGCAGAAUAUGAAGAAUGCACACCAACCAAGCACAGGUUCUUUAACAGGGAGCCCACACCUUUCAGAACUAUCUAUUAACUCUCAAGGAGGAACGACUGUACUCAACUCGACACUCUCCCCAAACUUAAGUCCUGAUGGAAAGCCUUCUUCCCCACUAAUAAGCCCAUUUUUGAAUGAAUCUAUCUGCAUCAGAACUGAUGAUGAGGAAGAUAGCCGUAAAAAGAAAUUUCCUACAGACAAAGCCUACUAUAUUGCAAAGGAAGUUUCAACUACAGAAUGUACCUAUCUUAAAGAUCUUGAGGUUAUUACUGUGUGGUUUCAGAAUGCAACAAGCAAAGAGGACUCCGCCAUGCCAGAGCAAUUGAAAAACCUAAUUUUCUCCAACUUUGACCCCCUACAUAAAUUCCACUCCAGUUUCCUAAAGGAAGUUGAUCAAAGGCUGGUACUUUGGGAGAGCAGGUCCAACUCGCACAUGAAAAGUGAUAAUCAGAAAGUUGGGGACGUUAUGCUGAAGAACAUUCAGGGAAUGAAGCAAUUCACAAGUAACCUUCAGAAACACUAUGAAGCACUGAUAGAACUUGAAAAAGCAAUAAAAAACUCACGGAAGCUAGAUGUUUUGUGCAGAGACUUUGAGCAAGAAAAGGUGUGCUACCUGCCUCUGAAUAUGUUUUUCCUCCGGCCAUUGCACAGACUGAUGCACUACAAACAGCUCAUGGAGAGGCUCUGCAAACACUACUCUCCAAAUCAUGUGGAUUUCCGUGACACAAGAGCUGCACUGGCGGAAAUCUCAGAAAUGGUAGCUCAGCUUCACGGGACAAUGAUAAAGAUGGAAAACUUUCAGAAACUACAGGAACUCAAGAAGGAUGUGACAGGCAUCGACAACCUGGUAAUACCUGGAAGGGAGUUUAUCAGACUUGGAAGUUUAAGCAAGUUAUCUGGGAAAGGCUUACAGCAACGUAUGUUCUUUCUGUUUAAUGAUGCGUUGUUGUACACGAGCAGGGGACUGACGUCAUCUAAUCAGUUCAAAAUCCACGGCCAGUUACCCCUGUUUAACAUGACGGUAGAAGAAAGUGAUGAUGAGUGGGGGGUACCACACUGCCUCACAUUAAGAAGUCAGAACCAGGCAAUUGUUGUUGCAGCAAGUUCACAGGCUGAAAUUGAAAAAUGGAGUGAAGAUAUUCAGAUGGCUAUUGGUCUAGCAGAAAAAAGUGGUGGUCCUGUCCCUGAGCUAAUGGCCAGCAGCCCUCCUGAUGGCAAGUCUCCAGAAGAGGGCCCUGUAGACCAGGAGUCUGAAGAUGAUUUAAGUGCUUCUCGCUCAUCUCUAGAAAGACAAUCGCCUCAUCGAGGAAACACAACUGUCCACGUCUGCUGGCAUCGGAACACAAGUGUCUCAGUCAUUGAUUUCAGCUUUGCUGUUGAGAAUCAGCUAUCGGGAAACCUGCUUAGAAAAUUCAAGAAUAGCAAUGGAUGGCAGAAGCUUUGGGUGGUGUUCACAAACUUCUGCCUGUUUUUCUACAAAUCCCACCAGGACAGCCAUCCAUUAGCCAGUCUCCCUUUACUUGGAUACUCACUCACCAUUCCCUCUGAAUCAGAGAAUAUUCACAAGGAUUUUGUCUUUAAACUGCACUUCAAGUCACAUGUCUACUACUUCAGGGCAGAAAAUGAAUACACCUUUGAAAGGUGGAUGGAGGUCAUCCGAAGUGCCACAGAUUGUGCCAGUCGCUCCCGACUCUUAAAGCAUAAGGAAUCCCAUUUGUACUGAAAUCAGAACAUUCCCAGCUGAAGAAUGCCAACUGCUUUCCAGCAGCAAUUUGAUACCGGCUCUUGCUGUUGUUUUGUAAGACCAGCUGCUCCGUGCAGAACAAGAGACUGUUUCCCUAUGACUUUUUAUCACCUUUGUCUGAACAGAUAAUUUUUAAAUGUUUUUUUUUAAUGAUGAACCUGUUCCUGCUCAUGGCUGGCAGCAGGCUUUAGUUCUCAUCCUGUACAAUACAUUUUGACUUUCUGUUUGAAUUUUGAGUGCCAACAUUAAAACCUGUUGUCUUUA